ACAGCGUGAAAACAUUGGUCUCAUGUCUGUGGAGCAGCUCAGUGGUUCAUCUCAUGAUCCGUCUGAGAGCUCGAUGGUAGGAAGCAACGAGGCACUUUGAAGUUCUCUGCAUCGCCGUGAUCCUGACUCUGGAACAUUUACAUCAUAUUUCUCCUUUCUUAGUUAUAUCUAUGAAGAUCAGUGAUGAUGUUUUCUCAGAAAUCCCUGAAUGUUUUCAUCACUCUGUCUCUGCUGUGCAGCCCUGCCUCCGCUACAGAGCAAGGAGCUUUGCUCAGUCUCUGGGGGAACGUUGCUAAAUUCACCUCUGGGUGCAGCCACUGGAGUUUAAAACCUCAGGUCUCUAUCCCGGCCCUGCAGGAGUUCACCGUCUGCCUCAGCCUCAAGUUUGAGGCGUUGAGUCACUCGACAUGGACGGCCUUCAUGUACCUUCAUCCUGAGGUCCAGUACGCGGAGCUGGGCUUUGGGGGUAAACAGGGCAGGUUAGUGGUCUGGUUGUGUGGAGCAGAGUGGAUCACGGAUGAGAUGGCACUCCAGGUGUCACGGUGGCACUCGCUGUGUCUGACCUGGGCACACACUAAAGACAGACCUGCACUGUACAUCGAGGGCAAAGCGAUAGAAAUGUCACCAGCUCACAGUUCGGACACUGGUCCCUCUGUUAACCCCUCAUGCAGCAAACUGGCCCCCAAUGGAACUCUUACUCUGGGUGCAUCACACUACCUGGCAGACGGGAAUAUCAAUAUUGUGCCAAUCACUCGUCUGUUGGGAAGCUUGUCUCAGUUUCGUCUUUGGGGUCGAGAACAGGAAGUGACAUCACCGAUAUGCACAGAGGGGGACUUAGUGAAGUGGGAACGAGACAACUGGGACACUUGGGCCUGUGCUCCGUUCUCUGAUCGCAGCCUGCAGUGUGAAUGGUCCUUUUACAAAGUGAGACUGAUGUUUGCUAUUUUCCGCUCUGAUGAGAACAAAACGGAGCUCUACAAAGCCAGAGACAUCGCACACAAAUGGCUCAGAAAGGUUCUCCCCACCACCAUCUAUUUACCCAGAGUGUCCGUGUUUGAAGUAACCAGAUCCAGUACAGAAGACGGCCGUGUUCAAACCUCACGUGAAGAUCAGGUGGUGCGAUGGGCUCCAACUAAUGACAGGUUUCACUGUCUGGUUCAUAUAAACGUUAUCCCUUCGUUGGAUGUGGCAGCUGUGCAAAGUGAGAUGUCCACAAACCUGAAGAUCCCUUACGUCGACCACAGUGGUCGCCUGACACUGCAGGCUGAUCCAGACAGCAUACACACCACACCUGUCGAAAGUUUAACUGCCACUACUGUCAGUCCUUCUGGUGUUGUGACAUCGCCCUCUACAGUCACACCAGCAUUAUUCAAAACCACCACUAGCUCCACCAGGAGUCCCUUUACCAGUACAGCCACAACCAGCGGCUUCACAGCGGGCCCAUCAAGUGUUUCAGAGCUGUACUUUGAGGUUAGGAUGAAUGUUUCCAUAACAGGAGACUAUGAUCCAGAAGAGAUUCUGUCCACAUGGCUCAACACAAGACUACCUGAUGACACGAUGAUGGUGCUUGCCCUCCAGAUGCUCCCCAAAGACCCCAGGUACAGAGUGAAUGGAGAUGCCACACCGUCAGCUCAACAUCUACCUUCAGAAUGUAUCACACGGUUUCAUCGUCAUAGACCAUCGCACCAAACUCAUGCUCUAAUUCCCAGACAUCGUCUCAAACGGGAGUCAAACAUCUCCACCUCUGAUGAAGUAUUUGCAUACAAAGUUUCAAGAGAGAGCUGUGUUUUCCAGGUGCAGGUAUUGACGUCGCUGUCAGACACGCAGGAAAUGGAAGAGAUAAUAAGAUCCCUGCUGCUGCCGCCUUAUGACAACGGCUCCAUCUCCAUAGCCACCGAGGACAUACAGAUAAGCCGCAUAUUGAUCUUUAACUGUGAGGCACACUCCCACCAGACCAGGAAAGGCCUGUUUCAAUGGCCUCCCACUUCAGGAGGCAAAAAUGCAGCUCAGCCGUGCCCGAAAAACCCUGGACGCUACGCCUCCCGACACUGUAAACUGUGUCUCAGCACCCAGUGGAUGGACCCAGACCUGGAGGACUGUUCUUUAGUGGUGGAAACCAUCCCAGACCUGGACCAAGUCAAAGUCACUGGCGACAAUGCCCUGGAUGUCAUUGAGAUGAUUGUGAGCUUACUAAAGAACCACUCCACACUUAACUACAAAGAGCUGGCCACAGUCCUAGACAAGCUGGAGGACAUUGUCGACCUCAGCGUGGUCACCCCAUGCCUGGGCCAAGCUCUCAUCAACAUCAUCUCAGACAUCCUGGAGUCGGACAGCAACCUGUUGCCUUUUACUAACACCAUUUUAAAUAUCACAGAAGCAGUAGGAGACAGUAUUGUGGGCUACGAUGGCUCCUCCACCCUGGUUGCUCCAGGCAUAGCGGUCUCAGUGGUGGAUGUGGUCCCUGGACUGUUUGGCAGUUUGUCAUUUGGGGUGUCAUCGUACCGCGCAGGCGCAAAGCCGGAGAUUUUCAUCAACAGGUAUCCUUUUAAUGGCACAGUGGCCUUUAUCUCCCUGCCGUCUGUCCUUCAGUACAGUUUCCCACAGAACAGCUUCAGCCAGAGCCCCCCAAGAGUUACGUUUCAGUUCUUUGGCAUCCCAAUGCUCUUCAAGACCAGCCAAAAGGAUGCGACCCUUAACACAUUUGUGGUGUCAGCCAGUGUGACCAAUGCCAGCUCUCCAAUCAAAGACUUAGCUGACGAUGUGGAAGUCACACUCCAACAUCUAAUACCCAAUACACUUAACAGGGACCUCCAGUGUGUGUACUGGAACUUCAAUAAAAACAAUGGACAUGGAGGCUGGGAUGACUAUGGCUGCAGAAAACACAACAGCAGCUCAGACUACACAACAUGCCUGUGUGAUCAUCUCACACACUUUGGAGUUCUUCUGGACACCUCCAGGAUCCCGUUGGACCCAGCUAAUGAGCAGAUCUUGACCAUUAUGACUUAUGUCGGCUGUGGAGUCUCAUCAUUGUUCUUGGGAAUCACCGUUCUCACCUACACAGCUUUUGAGAAGCUCCGUCGAGACUACCCGUCUCAGAUCCUUAUUAACCUCUCCCUGGCUCUGCUGGGCUUGAAUCUGAUGUUUCUGGUGAACUCCUGGCUCUCCUCCUGGGGUCUGUAUGGCCUCUGUGUGGCUGCAGCAUCCACGAUGCACUACUUCCUGCUGGCGUCUUUCACCUGGAUGGGAUUAGAGGCCGUCAACAUGUAUUUUGCCUUGGUCAAAGUCUUUAACGUCUACAUACCGUCUUAUAUCCUCAAGUUCUGCGUUCUUGGAUGGGGGAUUCCUCUGGCGAUCUGUGUCCUGGUGCUCGUUGUGAACAGAGAAGCAUACAGCAGUCACCUCUACACUGACGCUCAGUCUAGCCUGCAGCCAUUGGACAACUCUGACAGUUUCUGUUGGCUUCAGGACGAUGUGACAUUCUACGUGUCGGUGGUUGCCUACGCUGUGCUGAUCUUUCUCUUCAACAUUGCGGUUUUUGUGGUUGUUCUGAUCCAGAUCCGUCACAUGCGAGCCAACAGCCCCGCCGGGACCCGCAGAGGACUGCUGCAUGACCUGAAGGGAGUUUCCAGUCUCACCUUGUUACUUGGUCUUACAUGGACAGUCGGCUUCUUUACCUGGGGACCAGCCAGAAUAGUUCUGCUGUACCUUUUCUCUGGCCUCAAUUCCUUGCAAGGACUCUUCAUCUUCCUCUUCCACUGUCUGAUGAAGGAAAAUGUCAGGAGGCAGUGGAGGAUUCAUCUCUGCUUUGGACGUUUCCGACUUGAAGAGCACUCAGAGUGGAGCAACUCGGCAUCAGUAGGAGUCAUGGCCAAACCCAGAUCAGAUCCUCCUCGAGCCUCUGUACCAUCGGUGCGCUCGGUCAAGUCCAGCUCAACGGACAGCACGUCAGCUUCCUCCGGCUCCAGCCAGAGAGAACUGUCCUGCAAGAGACCCAACCUGGGCCUUUUUGUGAAUUCCCUGGCUCUCCCUCGAGCGCAGAUAAGCCCCUCAGGAGCACGAGCUGUGCCUCACCAGCGGGGGACAAACCCGACACCUGGCUGGAGAAAUCACCUCCUCAGCUAAGAAGAACAAAGACGGAGCACAUAGCACACAUGCAGUCUGCAUUCAUUUGCAUACACAGAUCACUGAAAACGUCAGGAAAUGCUUUUAAACGCAAACAGCAGCUUCAGCACAUGUUGUACUUCUUAACAAGCCACAGAAAUAUUUAAUCAUUGCAGUGUAUGCCAGCUUUAUUCAAUUAUCUUAUCGCACAAUUCUAUUGUUUUUUUUUUGUUUUUUGCUAAAUAUUGAAAAAGAGCCUGCAAUUAUAAAGACAUGAGUAGUUGCAUCAAUUCCAAGGAGGAGUUGGUUGCCAAGCAACUGGUGAGUGGAGCCAUGGUGACAAUGAACCAUGGUCCCGCACAGUUUGCAUGAAAAAAAAAUCUAAUAAAAAUUUUAAAUUUUAGUCUUCCUCUGCUGCUCAUUCACUUUGAUUGUUAGAAGAAAAAGGUUCACUAAAGCUUAGAAUGAUUUAUUUUACAAUGCUUCAUCACUCUGUGGAAUUAUUAGCACGCCAUCUUUGAGCUUGCCAAGUUGUUCCAGUAAAUUUGCACCUGUGUCGUGAUCAACGUGUGAUGGACCAAAAUAGUCACAAUGCCUUUUGAAUUCACCACUUAAUGUAGGUGAAAUAUAGGUAGGGGUUUUUGCUGGUGUUUUUAAAAAUGUCUGUAUCAUCUGAAACAUCUGAACAGUGUAACACCAACCAUCACAAAAACCUGGCAAUUCAGAUCACUUUUUCAUUUUUAAAUUCAGACUAGCAGAAGUGCUUUUAGUUAGUAGGGUCAAAAUUGUUUUGUUUUUUUAUUGCACAAGUUUAAUUAUAAUGAAAAAAAUAAAUGAAUCCUUAUAACAAAUUGUGUGUGAUGUAAUAUGAAACAAAAAAAGAAAAUAAAUCGAGAAAUUUGAGACAAAAAUAAUAA